AUGGGAGCCACAAAGAGAAAGCGCGAUCAGGCUGAAGAGUCGAAAGCCGCCGAGAAGCCCACCGAGACACAGGUCGAAAAGCCUGCUCAGCAGCAGCAAGAGGAAGAGACUUCCUUUGCUGAUCUUGGUCUUGAUCCUAGACUUCUCCAGGCCGUCGCGCAGCAAAAGUUUGCCAAGCCUACUCUUGUGCAGCGCAAGGCCAUUCCGCUUGCUCUUAAUGGUCAGGAUGUUCUCGCAAAGGCUGAUUGCGGUUCUGGAAAGACUGCCGCCUAUGUCUUGCCUCUGCUGUCGAGCAUCCUGAAGCGCAAGACUACCGAUUCUACUGCCUUCACAUCCGCUCUCAUCCUCGUACCGACUCGCGAGCUUGCCGACCAAGUCUUCAAGGCCAUCGAACAGUUCGCCAGCUUCUGCGCCAAAGAUAUCAGCACCGUCAAGUUGACCGACAAGGUCUCCAACGCCGUCCAGCGCGCUCUCCUCUCCAACUCUCCCGAUAUUGUCAUUUCGACUCCCGCGACCGCCUGGCACAAUGUCAACUCAUCCGCCCUCUCGCUCGAUAAGCUCACACAUCUGGUCCUCGACGAGGCGGAUCUUGUCCUUUCUUACGGAUACAGUGAGGACUUGGAGAACCUCUCACGAUCCGUUCCCAAGGGUGUUCAGGUUAUGAUGAUGAGUGCGACCCUCACCGAUGAGGUUGAUACGCUCAAGGGAAUCUUCCGACGCGACCCGACAUUGCUGGACCUGAAGGAGAAGGAGGCUGAAGGCGAGGGCAUCACUCAGUUUGUCGCCAAAUGUGGUGAAGACGAAAAGUUCCUUCUGGCCUAUGUCAUCUUCAAGCUCCGACUCAUCAAGGGCAAAUGCAUCAUCUUUGUCAGUGACAUUGACCGAUGCUACCGAUUAAAGCUCUUCUUUGAGCAGUUCGGAAUUCGAAGCUGUAUUCUCAACUCGGAGCUUCCCCUGAACUCGCGAGUGCACGUUGUGGAGGAGUUCAACCGAAAUGUGUACGACAUUAUUAUCGCCGCUGACGAGAAGAACGAUAUGCUGGGUGACGACGAGGUUGCUGAGGGAGAGGAGGCCAAGGAGAAGGCUGAGGGAGAUGACGAUGCUGAAGUAGAGGCGAAACGACCAAAGAAGAAGGCCAAGAAAUCCAAGGGUGACAAGGAGUAUGGUGUAUCAAGAGGUGUUGACUUCAAGAAGGUGUCGGCAGUCAUCAACUUUGAUCUUCCCACCACAGCAUCAUCAUACACACACAGGAUAGGACGUACAGCCCGAGCUGGACAGACCGGCAUGGCCCUAUCCUUUGUUGUCCCCAAGGAGCUCUACCGAAAACACGUACCCACCUCAACACCAACUGCCGAGAAGGAUGAGAAGGUCAUGGCCAAGAUCAUCAGGCAACAGGCAAAGCGAGGCAAGGAGGUGAAGCCUUACAACUUCAACAUGGAACAGGUUGAUCCUUUCCGAUACCGAAUGAACGAUGCCCUGCGUGCCGUUACCAAGGUUGCUAUCCGAGAGGCGAGAACGAGGGAGCUGAGACAGGAGCUACUCAAGAGUGAAAAGCUGAAGCGGUACUUUGAGGAGAAUCCUACCGAACUCACACACCUUCGUCAUGACGGAGAACUCAGAACCGCCAGACAGCAGGCUCACCUGAAGCACGUGCCCGAAUACCUCCUCCCCAAGGACGGCAAGCAGGCCUUGACAAAGGACAUAGGUUUCGUGGCCAUGAGAAAGGACCGCAAGGUCAAGGGGAAGAAGGGUCGGGGAUUCAAGGUCGGGUCCAGGAAACGGGAUCCCCUCAAGACGUUCAAGGCGCGACGAAAGACGAAAUAG